CCGCCGCCGCCUUCGGGCUGCCCGCCUCCCCCUCCCCAAGCCCGGCCGCUUCUGCCGCCGCCGCCGCCAUUCCUGGCGCCCGAGCUCGCCGGGCUGGGCGCCGCCGGGAGUCGCCGCGAGCGGGACGCGCAGUCCAGACUCUGCGAACACCAGACAGGAGGAAGAAGCUGUAUCUUGGUUGCUGAAAUGUUCGAUGACGGUGGUCACUAGAGCAAAGAUUUCUGAAGACUUCUUUUUAGAAAAGACUGGAACGUUUCAAGAGACACAAAAUACAGCUUUUCCUCUGGAGGUGGAAAAAAGCACCGAGUGCCCUUUGAUGCUGCAGUGGUGAGAGUGGCCCCUCCUCACCCGGCAAGCUAGGAAAUGUGGAUUCUUGGGGAACCCUCCACCCACCAGCUCCGGACUGUGCUACCAGCACCCACCCUGGGGCUCUGAGUGGCUUCUGGUGACACGCCCACCGUGGUCUCCUGCUGCCCAUGAGUGGUUGCUGCCAAGGACCCUCCGCUGCAGCCCCUGCCUGAUGAGGAUGUGCACCCUCACUGGGGGGCUGCUCACGGCCCUUGUGGUGGUGUUUGGGACAGCGGUGGCGUUUGCACCCGUACCCCGGAUCACCUGGGAGCACAAAGAAGUGCGUCUAGUGCAGUUUCAUGAGCCAGGCAUCUACAACUACUCGGCCUUGCUGCUGAGUGAGGACGAGGACACCCUGUACAUUGGUGCCCGGGAAGCGGUCUUUGCUGUGAAUGCUCUCGACAUCGCCGAGAAGCAGCAUGAGGUCUAUUGGAAGGUCCCAGAAGACAAAAAAGCAAAAUGUGCAGAAAAGGGGAAAUCAAAACAGACAGAAUGCCUCAACUACAUCCGAGUGCUUCAGCCGCUCAGUGCCACUGCCCUUUACGUGUGUGGGACCAACGCAUUCCAGCCAGCCUGUGACCACCUGAACUUAACCACCUUUAAAUUUCUGGGGAAAAAUGAAGAUGGCAAAGGAAGGUGUCCCUUUGACCCAGCACACAGCUACACGUCCGUCAUGGUUGACGGAGAGCUUUACUCUGGCACGUCGUAUAACUUCUUGGGAAGCGAGCCUAUCAUCUCCCGAAAUUCCUCGCACAGUCCUCUGAGAACGGAGUACGCCAUCCCUUGGCUGAACGAGCCUAGCUUCGUCUUUGCUGAUGUGAUCCGAAAAAGCCCAGAUGGUAGCAGUGGAGAGGACGACAGAGUCUACUUCUUCUUCACGGAGGUGUCCGUGGAGUAUGAGUUCGUGUUCAAGCUGAUGAUCCCACGGGUGGCGAGGGUGUGCAAGGGGGACCAGGGCGGCCUGAGGACCUUACAGAAGAAGUGGACCUCCUUCCUGAAGGCCAGACUGAUCUGCUCCCGGCCAGACAGCAGCCUGGUCUUCAACGUGCUGCAGGACGUCUUUGUGCUCAGGUCCCCAGGCCUGAAGGAGCCGGUGUUCUAUGCACUCUUCACCCCGCAGCUGAACAAUGUGGGGCUGUCGGCGGUGUGCACCUACAACCUGUCCACAGCAGAGGAGGUCUUCUCCCGCGGGAAGUACAUGCAGAGUGCCACGGUGGAGCAGUCCCACACCAAGUGGGUUCGCUACAAUGGCCCGGUGCCCAAGCCGCGGCCUGGAGCGUGCAUCGACAGUGAAGCUCGGGCAGCCAACUACACCAGCUCUUUGAAUUUACCAGACAAAACACUGCAGUUUGUCAAAGACCACCCUUUGAUGGAUGACUCGGUGACCCCAAUGGACAACAGACCCAGGUUAAUCAAAAAAGAUGUGAACUACACCCAGAUUGUGGUGGACAGGACCCAUGCCCUAGAUGGCACCGCCUAUGACGUCAUGUUUGUCAGUACAGACCGGGGGGCCCUGCACAAGGCUGUCAGCCUCGAGAGCGAGGUGCAUGUCAUCGAGGAGACCCAGCUUUUCCAGGACUUUCAGCCAGUCCAAACCUUGCUGCUGUCUUCAAAGAAGGGCAGGAGGUUCGUCUAUGCAGGCUCCAACUCGGGUGUGGUCCAGGCCCCCCUGGCCUUCUGCAGGAAGCACAGCACAUGCCAGGACUGUGUGCUGGCGCGGGACCCCUACUGCGCCUGGAGCCCGACCGCGUCAGCCUGCAUCGUGCUGCACCAGGCCGAGGGCCCCAGCAGGGGCUGGAUUCAGGACAUGGGUGGUGAAGCAUCCGCGUGCCCUGCCUCAUCUCCUAAGCCCUUCCCUCCUCCUGGCUCCUCCUCUCUGUCCUGUCUGGGCCCCUGGCCGGCCUUGGGCUCAGGGCCCAACCGCAGCACACAGGUCACCUUGCUGCCGCCCUUCCUGAGUGACCAGGCACAGCAGGUGCAUGAGCUGGGGACCUUCCACCUCUUCUGCCAGGCCACAGGUCCUGCUGAUAUCCAGUUUGUCUGGGAGAAGAACGGGCGAGCCCUGGAGACAUGUGUCCCUAUGCAGACCCAUGCACUGCUCGACGGCAGCACCCAUGCGCUCAGUUGGCUGCGGGAUGCCAUCCGGGACAGUGCCGAGUAUCGCUGCUCUGUUCUCUCCCGGGCAGGAAAUAAGACCUCCAAAGUGCGGGUCACCAUGAUGAGACAAGAGGCAACCCAGCAGGAGAAGUGGAGCCGAGAGCUCACCGCCUGGAGGGCUGUGGUCGGAGAGCACAGUCGGAUGAUGCAGAGCUGGAGGAAGGCGUGGGAAAGCUGUAGCAAGGACACCUUUUAGCCACCAGGAGGCAGUUCCCGACAUGGACCCUAGAACACUGCCACCACCUGCCAUGCUGUCCCUGAAGAAGGCCUUGGUGUGCUCUGAAUGUAGCCAUCAGGCCAAUGCCUGACUAGUCCCUCCCAGAGGCUGGGCAGUGGAAAAGCACUGAACAGAGUGGGCCUGUGAUAGUGACUGUGACUUUUUAAGUAGGUGCUUACACAUGACAGAAGGGUUGGUCUGGCAGAAGCAGGUAACCAGGAUGGUGAACAGGCUGCGCACAGAAACUCAUGGCAUUAAAACAGCAGGAUGUGUGUAGGCUCCUCCUCCAGAAAACACUCUCAUUUGUCAUUACGCUCUAAAGGCCAUUCCUACAUGAUCCCAAUGAUUGCAUUUUACACAAGUAACCCUCCUGCCCCAUCACCAACAGGGUUAGCACAGCCAACACCCAGUCUAUUGCUGCCUGUACUGGUGUAAAUCAAACUUGCUCCUUCUCCCACCUUCAGAUUCAGCCACUUGACUGUAAGGUACACAACAGGGAUAGAAAAUGGUGAGACUCCAAAUGAAAAUGCUUUGCCUUAAACCUCAGGAGCAAGGUCCAAUCUGGGAGUGGAUCUGUAAACUCUUUGUGUUAUUCUUCAUGGGUCUCAGAAUAUUGUGCUCCACAUUUUAUAAAGUGCUGCAAUUUAUGCCUUUGAGUGUAUACCCUGCCAAUACUCAGCUUCAGCAAAGGGACACCGAGCUUGUUUAAGGUAAAAAAGCCAAACAGGUCAAUUAUGCAGAUUUCCUGGUGCCAUAUUAAAUUUUCUUGACCAUGGUGAGUGUGAUGUUUUUUUGUUAAACCUGCUUCCAAGUCUCUAAUUAUUAAAGCUGUAUCUCUGAAGACUGUCACUGUGUGUGAGAACUUGUCCUAACGCUUCUCAGCCUUUAAUCUUAGACACGUCUCUUCUUGUCUGUGGAAUGCCAGUUUUCAUGUGUAUCAUAAAACCAAACCCGUUAAAAAUAAAGCUGCAGUCCUCUUGUGA